CGUCGUGGUCGCAGGCCUUACAUCACCAGGAAUUCUGUUUCUCUACCCAAGCGCAUUGAACCGCCCCUUUCGCACAAUAUAGGAUCUACUUUUGGUGUAUCUGACAACAUCGGCCCAUUACACUCGCCUGUCUCGUCGAACCAGGAUUCGCAAGAUGGAUUUCAAGCCACUAAACCCUCUGCCGGACCCCAGGCCUUCGUUGCUAAGGAAUCAUUCAUGUCCCCUCUUGCACCUCUUCACGCACAUGCAGUAUCCGAGUCUGUGGACUUAAUGCGUGACAGCUUCUCUAAAGAGCUUCUACAAGCUGUAGGAGCCACUUCGUUACCGCCGAACUCUCAGAUCGAAGCAUACGGAGACUCCUAUUUCAACCAUCAUUACCACCGAGCUCCCAUCAUCGAUCGAGCUGAUUUAUCAACGGACCAACCUUCGUUAAUCUUGACUCAAGCUAUCUGUCUCAUAGGCUCAAUCCUCCGAUAUUCGGGCAUCCAUUCGCCUGUCGAAGAGAGCGAACCGUAUUACAACAAAGUGAAAGCCCUCUUAUACGCGAACCACGAACCAGAUCAGCGAAAUGUCCUAAAGGCGCUCUGUAUUCUUGCGCUCAGAAAUAUCACCCCUCCUAAAGUGGUCAGUCUGGACUGUUCAUGGCAAUGGAUCGGAACGGCAACUCGCCUAGCCCAACAAAUGGGAUUUCAUCGCGAGGAGACCUACGCCCAGCUUCCAAAUCCAGGGAAUGCACGUCGAAUAAUGUGGUUUCUAUUUACCGAAGACAAGCUCGUGACCGCCUGUUUCGGCCGGCCCUCUCUCUUUGGAGAUUUCGACUUCAACAUUCGACCCCUAAGGCUUGAAGAUUUCGAAAUCCCAGAUCUUCAAGCUGAGCUUUGCAUCGAGUAUACAAACCUCAACGUGAUUCUCGGCCGGAUAGUAGACCGUCACAGCCGAAAAAGCGACAUCUCUCAAGAAGAAGUACUCAUCUCUACUCCACGAGCAUCUCAAUACUCUAACACAAUACAGGCAACAUCAUUCCUCCAAUCCCUUCAGGACUGGAUACACAACCUCCCGCUCAAGCUCCAAAUCUACACCGGCCGAAGCCGCAACGUCUUCCGCCGUGACAUCCACGAGGUCCAUAUAAACUACUUCGUCUGUCUAAUAGUCUUCUUCCGCCUGUUCGGCCACGCCAUCUCACCUCAAACGGCCUCAACCGCAUCCCUGGUCGCCUCAUCUUGCAUAGCCCGCCUCUAUCAAGAGAUAACACAUCGCGAUGAAAUUAACUAUCUCUUGCCGAUCAAUAAUUGGUUCCUGAUGGUUGGCUGUGCGCCUCAGAUUUGCCACAACACAGCUUGUCAGGGCAAGGAUCGACUUUGUGGGGAGGAACUGCUUAUUCUUACUAAUUCUUUACGGUAUAUGAAGUUGAAAUGGCCUCCUGCUGGGGUAUUGUUGGAUAUUGUUGGGAGAUUGUGUAGUGUUGAGGCCGGGGUGUCGGAUGAUAUUGGGGAUGGCCAGGAUUGGCAGACUGCAGAGUCCUGGUCUGGCCAAUUGUCUUUUGAUAUCUUGGAAGCUUUGUUUCCCUUUCCUAGUGAGCUAAGUCCAAGGAUGGGGCUUGUAAAGGGUGGUGGUGAUGAACUUGGAGAUCAAGAGAUGCUUGAUAGGAUGGUGGAGGCUGGAAAUGAUGAUUUGGAUUGGAUUUUUAAUGAGUUCCAGCUUGGGUUUUUAGAUUCCUGA